AUGAACACAAACCCUCUACCGGUUGAGCGCCCAUACCCAACCGAACAGACCAUCGACACGCCACCGGUGCGUCAGGCUCAACAUCAUCUCGAGCCCCAGAUGGCCCCUGAGUCUGCCUCUCCUGCGGAGCAAGAGGCGACCCCAGAUUUCAUGCCGGCAGCAGGUGUGCGGCCAAUGCCGGAGCGGGCACCCCCUGCUGAGACCGUGGAGACCCCCGAGUCUGAGGCUCCUGUCCAAGGGGAAAAGACCACCGAGACUGCCUCACCUGACGGGGAGGCAACGACCUUUGAGUUGACCCCGCCUGCUGCAGGUGCGCGGCCGAUGCCGGUGCCCGCACCCCCUGCUGAGACCGUGGAGACGCCGGAGUCUCAGGCGCCGGUCGAAGCCGAGAAGACCACUGAGACUGCCUCUCCUGAGGAGGAAGCAACGACCGCCGAGUUGACCUCGCCUGCUGCAGGUGUGCGGCCAAUGCCGGAGCGGGCACCCCCUGCUGAGACCGUGGAGACGCCGGAGUCUCAGGCGCCGGUCGAAGGCGAGAAGACCACUGAGACUGCCUCUCCUGAGGAGGAAGCAACGACCGUCGAGUUGACCUCGCCUGCUGCAGGUGUGCGGCCAAUGCCGGAGCGGGCACCCCCUGCUGAGACCGUGGAGACCCCUGAGGCUGAGGCGCCGGUCGAAGGCGAGAAGACCACUGAGACUGCCUCUCCUGAGGAGGAAGCAACGACCGCCGAGUUGACCUCGCCUGCUGCAGGUGUGCGGCCAAUGCCGGAGCGGGCACCCCCUGCUGAGACCGUGGAGACGCCGGAGUCUCAGGCGCCGGUCGAAGGCGAGAAGACCACUGAGACUGCCUCUCCUGAGGAGGAAGCAACGACCGUCGAGUUGACCUCGCCUGCUGCAGGUGUGCGGCCAAUGCCGGAGCGGGCACCCCCUGCUGAGACGGUGGAGACGCCGGAGUCUGAGGCGCCGGUCGAGGGCGAGAAGACCACUGAGACUGCCUCUCCUGAGGAGGAAGCAACGACCGCCGAGUUGACCUCGCCUGCUGCAGGUGUGCGGCCAAUGCCGGAGCAAGCACCCCCUGCUGAGACCGUGGAGACUCCUGAGUCUGAGGCGCCGGUCGAGGGCGAGAAGACCACUGAGACUGCCUCUCCUGAGGAGGAAGCAACGACCGCCGAGUUGACCUCGCCUGCUGCAGGUGUGCGGCCAAUGCCGGAGCGGGCACCCCCUGCUGAGAUCGUGGAGACCCCUGAGUCUGAGGCGCCGGUCGAAGCCGAGAAGACCACUGAGACUGCCUCUCCUGAGGAGGAAGCAACGACCGCCGAGUUGACCUCGCCUGCUGCAGGUGUGCGGCCAAUGCCGGAGCGGGCACCCCCUGCUGAGACGGUGGAGACCCCUGAGUCUGAGGCGCCGGUCGAAGCCGAGAGGACCACUGAGACUGCCUCUCCUGAGGAGGAAGCAACGACCGCCGAGUUGACCUCGCCUGCUGCAGGUGUGCGGCCAAUGCCGGAGCAAGCACCCCCUGCUGAGACCGUGGAGACCCCUGAGUCUGAGGCGCCGGUCGAAGGCGAGAAGACCACUGAGACUGCCUCUCCUGAGGAGGAAGCAACGACCGUCGAGUUGACCUCGCCUGCUGCAGGUGUGCGGCCAAUGCCGGAGCAAGCAGUCCCUGCUGAGACCGUGGAGACCCCGGAGUCCCAGACAUCUGUCAGUGACGCGAAGUCGCCUGAGACUGUUCGUCCUGCAGAGCAUGAGGAGACCCCAGGUUUGAGGCCGGCUGCAGAGGCGGAUCUAGAUCCGGAGGCAGCGCCAUCUACGGGAACGCAGUCAGCCCCGGAGGUUGGGCAACAUGGCUCCAUCGUACUUGACGAAGAGGCUUUGAAAGCAAAUGAAUCAAGUGGAGCGUCACUGGAUAACAUAUCCGGAACGCUGCCAUCCACGGCACAUCUCGAGGACGUACCGGUUGACGAAAGCGCACCUGCUCUGCCAACGACUAGUGCAGAUCAGGAAGCGGACGAAGUCCCCAUUCAAGAGGCGUCGAAAUGUCGGGUGGACGCAUCCGCAUGCAAUGGAGAUGACAACGCACUUAACAAUAUGAAUGAAUAUUUGAGCACCUUCGGCUCUCUGAACUGCCCGUGUCGCCAAAUGUUAGCGACUCUCGUCUGUAAUUUGAUCGUCAAUCAGUCCAAACUGACGUCCAGUGGUGCGGCUCAGCUUGACACUCCAGAAGAGGGCACCGCAACUCUCACACUCACCGGAGCUACAUGCACCGCUCUGAAGCAGAGCUGCCCACAGCUUGCUGCGUCACAAAUGGAGACUUUACCUUCAUUCGCGGAAAUCCAGGCAGCAGUGACAGGAGAUCUGAAACUUCACGCGCGGAGUCGGGCUGCACAGAAAGUGGGUACUAAGGUUUCAGAGAGUAUCCUCCGCAAGGUGCGCUUGCAGAGGCAAAUCCAGGCUGAGGCUGUCUCCGGCUUCGCGGAUCUUGUCCAGUCUUACAGUCCCUUCGCUGCCUCAGCGGCGUCCUUCCUUGGGGACUCGGACCAGCAGACCGUGUGGGCAUUUGCGUCCAAUCCCGUGGUAGGGCAACUGACUGCCAGAAGACAGAACAGAUAUUAAAGCGAUUACGAAGAUUAGAUUCGGUGGAUGCGGCAAAUACAGGAGCCGAGAGUAGAAUAAAGAUCAGCCCUGGCACCGUACAAGCUUCG